AUGGCCCUGGAGACACCCCCAACCUCAACCGCCCCCAAAGCCCCUCGGAUCCCACACCCGUUUUGCUGCUGCCGAGAACCCAUGGACUUGGCCAUUCGGGAGGAGGACAAGAGCCCCCCGCCAUCCUCGCCUCCGCCCCUCUUCUCUGUCAUCCCCGGGGGCUUCAUUCGACAGCUGGUGCGAGAGACUGAGAAAGAAUCCAAGGAAGCAAGACGGAAGAAGCAGGCGGCACUGACUGCUCCUGAGCCAGAGCCUCCGGAAGUGUCCGCCCACCCGCCGGACAGCGCCAGCCGGGCCGGGAGCGCCCCGACCCCCAGCGGCAGCGAGCCCAGCGCGCCCCCGAGCCCCCACAUUCCGGACAAGGAGGGCGAAGGCUCCGCGCCCUCGGACCCCGCGCCCAGGACCAGCGCCGACGGGGAGAAGCCCCCGGCCAAGAAGCCCCCGGCUUUCCAGAGGGGCCCGAGGAGGGGCGACGUGCUGCUCAUGGUGGCCAAGCUGGACCCCGACUCCGCCAAGCCCGAGCAGAAGCCCCCGCCCCAGGACGCGCCCGCGUGCAAGGGCUCAGCCCCAGCCUCGGACCCCGGGGGAGAGAGAAAGGGGAGCCCCCCACGGACUCCUUGUGGGCCCCAGGACAAAACUGAGCCCCCCACCCCGAAGGCUGAGAAGACUCAGGCUGGGGGGCGUGGGAACCCCGGCCCUGUACCCCUGACUUCCAAAGGGGAAAAGGGGAAAAGCGCAGUGGGGGGAGGGGGCAGGGUCCCCCAGACCAGAGGGGUGGCAGGGGGUGAGCCCCAGGGCCAGGGGGAGCCGGGGACCGCGGAGACGGGCGGGGCCCCCUCGGACAAGCCGGCGGAGCAGAGCGGCCCCCAGGGUGCAGGGGCGAAGGAGAAGAGCGCGGCGCCCCAGAGGCAGGUGGGAGGCUCCCUGGGCAGGAAGAGCAAGUGUGAGGGUCCCCUGGGCCAGGGGGACCGAGAGGGGAAAGCUGGCAAGGCGGGUGAGCCUCCGCUGGCCGCUGAGGCAGGGGGAGCCCCCCAAGGGAAAGUGGGGGAGCCCCCAAGUGGGGCCGGGAAGGCAGGGGAGCCUCUGCGAGAGCCAGGAAAAGCAGGGGGAGCCCCCCAAAUGAAGGGAAAAGCCGGGGAGCCCCCGAGUGUACCUGGGAAGGCAGGGGAGCCUCUGCGAGAAUUGGGGAAGGCAGGGGGAGCCCCCAAAAUGAAGGGGAAAAUUGGGGAGCCCCCGAGUGUACCUGGGAAGGCAGGGGAGACUCCAAGAGAGUUAGGAAAUGCUGGGGGAGCCCCCAAAGAAAAGGGAAAGGUGGGGGAGCCCCCGAGUGUACCCAAGAAGGCAGGGGAGCCUCUGCGAGAAUCAGGGAAGGCAGGGGGAGCCCUCAAAAUGAAGGGAAAAAUCGGGGAGCCCCUAAGUGUACCUGGGAAGGCAGGGGAGCCCCCGAGAGAGUUAGGAAAUGCUGGGGGAGCCCCCAAAGAAAAGGAAAAAGUGGGGGAGUCCCCAAGUGUACCCGGGAAGGCGGGGGAACCUCCGGGAGGGUUAGGAAGCUCUGUGGGAACCCCCAAAGGGAAGGGGAAAGUUGGGGAGUCCCUGAGUGUGCCUGGGAAGGCAGGAGAGCCUCUGAAAGGGUUAGGGGGACCCCUCAAAGUGAAGGGGAAAGUUGGGGAGCCCCCAAAUAUGCCCGGGAAGUCAGAGGAGCCUCGAAGAGGGUUAGAGAAGGCUGAGGGAACCCCCAAAGAGAAGGGGGAAGUCGGGGAGCCUCUGAGAAAGUUAGGAAACACCGGGGGAACCCCCAAAGUGAAGGGGGGAGUCGGGGAGCCCCCGAGUGUGCCUGGGAAGGCAGGGGAGCCUCUGAGAGAAUUAGGAAAUGCAGGGGGAACCCCCAAAGUGAAGGGGGGAGUUGGGGAGCCCCCGAGUAUGCCCGAGAAGGCAGGAGCACCAGGAAAGGUGGGGGAACCCCUGGCUGGGUGCCCAGUGCCAGGUCAGGCUGGGAUUGAGCAGGAGAGGGGCCUCAAACCCCCCACAGAGGUGCCUGCACUCAGGGAGCCCCCCGAGAGCCCAGGGCCGGGAGCACAGGAACCCCAUGCAGCAGCUCACGGGGUGGUGGAGCUGGGACCACCCCGCCAGGCUGCCCCAGUCAGCCCGACCCAGACACGCGCAGAACCGGCGGAGAGCCCAGAGGGGCCGGCCCUGCAGGACUCAGAUCAGGCCCCCGGGGACAGGUGGUACGAGGCAGAGAAGGUGUGGCUGGUUCAGAAGGACGGAUUUACCCGGGCCACGGUGCUGAAGCCGGACGAGGGAACAGCCGACCUGCCGGCAGGAAGGGUGCGACUGUGCAUUGACGCAGACAAAACCACCACAGAGGUGGACGAGGAGCGUGUCCACCGGGCCAACCCUCCCGAGCUGGACCAGGCUGAGGACUUGGCCUCGCUGGUCAGUGUCAACGAGUCCAGCGUCCUGAACACGCUUCUGCAGCGCCACCGGGCUCAGCGGCCGCACACCCGCGCGGGGCCGGACCUCCUCGUCCUCCGGCCCUGGGGCUCCCCGGCGCCCUCUGCUGGCAAGGUGCCCCGGGGCCGCUGGGAUGGGCUGCCCGCCCACCUCAGCUCCCUGGCCCAGGGGGCCUACUGGGCCCUGCUGAGCCAGCGGAAGGACCAGAGCGUCGUGGCGCUGGGCCGGAGCGGGGCCGGGAAGACGGCCUGCUGCGAGCAGGUCCUGGAGCACCUGCUGGGGCUGGCGGGCAGCGUGGACGGCCGCGUGUCAGUGGAGAAGCUCCGAGCCGCCUUCACCAUCCUCCGGGCCUUUGGCUCCGUGACCACCAGCCACAGCCCCAGCGCCACCCGCUUCACCAUGGUGAUGUCCCUGGACUUCAGCGCCACAGGCCGGGUCACGGCUGCCCAGGUGCAGACGAUGCUCCUGGAGCAGAGCCGUGUGGCCCGGCAGCCUGAAGGGGAAGGAAACUUCCAGGUCUUCUCGCAGAUGCUCGCGGGCCUGGAUCUGGACCUCAGGACGGAGCUGAACCUGCACCAGCUGGCGGCCAGCAGCUCCUUCGGCAUGGGCACGUGGCCAAAGCCUGAAGACAAGCAGAAGGCGGCAGCCGCCUUUGCCCGGCUCCAGGCUGCCAUGGAAACGCUGGGCAUCUCAGAGAGCGAGCGGCGGGCCCUGUGGCGGGUGCUGGCAGCCAUCUACCACCUGGGCGCGGCGGGCGCCUGCAAAGUGGGCCGGAAGCAGUUCAUGCGGUUUGAGUGGGCCAAUCACGCGGCCGAGGCCCUGGGCUGUGAGUUCGAGGAGCUGAACACGGCCACCUUCAAGCACCACCUGCGGCAGAUCAUCGAGCAGGUGACCUCGGGGUCAAGUCAGCGGACACCCGGGGACCAGGAGGCCAGCUCAGGGCUCAAGAUGACGGGCACAGAAUGCGUGGAGGGGAUGGCCGCGGGCCUGUACCAGGAGCUCUUUGCCGCCGUGGUCUCGCUCAUCAACAGGUCCUUUGCCUCCCCCCAUCUCUCCAUGGCCUCCAUCAUGGUGGUGGACGCCCCUGGCUUUCAGAACCCGCGGCACCAGGGCAAGGAGCGGGCGGCCACCUUCGAGGAGCUCUGCCACAACUAUGCCCAGGAGCGCCUGCAGCUGCUCCGCCACCAGCGGACCUUCGACUCCGCGCUGCUGCGGUUCCAGGAGGAAGGCAUCUCUGUGCCCUUUGAGCCCCCUGAGACGUCCCCGGGGACUUCGGUGGCCGUUGUGGAUCUGAUCCCCUCCCAGAUCCUCCGACCCGCUGGAGGAGAUGCUGCAGCCCCCGCGGGCCUGUUCUGGGUCCUGGACGAGGAGGUCCGCAUGGAGGGCUCCAGUGACAGCGCGGUGCUCGAGCGCCUCCGGGCGGCCUUUGAGAAGACCAGAGUGGGGGCCGAAGAAGGGACCUCGGCGCUCCGGACCUGCGAACAGCCCCUGCAGUUCGAGCUGUCCCACCAGCUGGGGCGGGACCCCGUGCGCUACGACCUCACGGGCUGGCUCCAGCGGGCCAAGCCCAACCUCUCGGCCCUGGAAGCCCCCCAGAUCCUGCAGCACUCACAGAGGGAGGAGCUCAGGAGCCUGUUCCAGGGCCGGGCCAAGCUGCCCCCCGUGUGCCGAGCCCUGGCCGGCCUGGACGGCGCGUCCCAGCAGGCCCUGCAGCGCGGCUGCGCCCUGAGGAGGGCCUUCGCCCGCGGCCCGGCCGCCGUCAGGAGGAGAGCGUCCUGCGCGCAGGUGCAGCUGCAGAUGGACGCGCUGACCAACGUGCUCAGGAAGUCCCAGUUGCAUUUCAUCCACUGCCUGGUGCCCGGGCCGCGGCCCCCGCCCCCCGGCCCGUCACAGCCCUGCGGGGACAUAGCCGGACCCCCGCCCGCGGACAUCCCCGCACUGAGGGUGCAGCUCGUGGGGUCCCACAUCCUGGAGGCGCUGCGUCUGCACAGGGCAGGCUACGCCGAGCACAUGGGUCUCGCUCAGUUCCGCAGACGCUUCCAGAUGCUGGAUCCUCUGCUCACGAAGAAGCUCGAUUCCGACUUAGAGAGAAUGCCAGAGCGGAAGGCCGUGGAGGAGCUCCUGCAGAGCCUGGACCUGGAGAAGUCGGCCGUGGCGGUGGGGCACAGCCAGGUGUUCCUCAAGGCGGGCGUGGUGGCCAGGCUGGAGAAGCAGCGGGAGAAGCUGGCGGCGCAGACCCUCGUGCUCUUCCAGGCUGCCUGCAAGGGCUUUCUCUCUCGCCAGGAGUUCAAGAAGCUGAAGAUUCGCCGGCUGGCUGCCCAGUGCAUCCAGAAGAACAUGGCUGUCUUCCUGGCCAUCAAGGACUGGCCAUGGUGGCAGCUCCUGGGGUCCCUCCGGCCCAUGCUGAGCACCACUCUUGGGGACGAGCAGCUGCAUGCCAAAGAGGCGGAGCUUGCCGCGCUGAGGCAGAAGCUGGAGAGAUCGGAGAAGUCACGGAACGAACUCCGGCAGAAUGCGGAUCUGCUAGAGAGCAAGAUCACGGACCUGACCACGGAGCUGGCUGAUGAGCGCUUCAAGGGGGACGUGUCCUGCCAGGUGCUGGAGAACGAGCGAGCAGAGCGGCUCCGGGUCUGCCGGGAGCUCCAGGAAGUCAAGAGCAAGUAUGAGCAAGUCCAGAAGAAUCUGGAGGCCGUGGAGAAGGAGCUGGAAGCAGCCCAGCAGAAAAUUCAGCUGAGCGCUGCGGAAAGGAGUCAGACUGGAGCAGCAGACGAGUGGCAGACACGCCUUGACUGUGCCCAGAUGGAGAACGAGUUCCUCAGGAAGCGUCUGCAGCAGUUCGAGGAGAGGCUGGACUCGGAGUUGACAUCCCGGAAGGAGCUGGAGCAGAAGCUUGCAGAGCUGCAGCUUGCCUACGAGGCAGCCAAGGCCAUGGCCCAGCAGCUGAAGAGGAAGUGCCACCAUGUGUCCUGCGACCUGGAGGACAGCCGCGUGCUGCUGGAGAACCAGCAGGGCCGCAACCAUGAGUUGGAGAAGAAGCAGAAGAGGUUUGACAUGCAGCUGGCCCAGGCCCUGGGGGAGUCUGUGUUCGAGAGGCGACUGCGUGAGAAAGUGAUUCAGGAGAACGCCAGUAUCCGGUGGGAACUCGGCCAGCUACAACAGCAGCUGAAGCAAAAGGAAGAGGAGACCUCGCAGCUGAAGCAGGAUGUGGCCACGCUGCAGGCCCAGAAGCGGGAGCUGCUGGUGACUCCCUCUGCGGGUGACAGCUGCGUCAUGGGCCUGAAAGAGAGGCUCUGGAAGCUGGAGUCCGGCGCCGCGGAGCAGGAGAAGAUCCAGAGCCAGCAGGAGAACACCAUCCGGCAGCUGGAGCAGCUCCGCCAGCGCCUGGAGCUGGAGAUUGAGCGGAUGAAGCAGAUGCACCAGAAGGACCGCGAGGACCAGGAGGAGGAGCUGGAGGAUGUCCGCCAGUCGUGCCAGAAGCGGCUCCGCCAGUUGGAGAUGCAGCUGGAGCAGGAGUACGAGGAGAAGCAGAUGGUCCUCCACGAGAAGCAGGAUCUGGAAGGCUUGAUCGGGACCCUCUGCGACCAGAUUGGACACCGGGACUUUGACGUGGAGAAGCGUCUUCGCAGAGACCUCAGAAGGACGCACGCGCUCCUGUCAGACGUGCAGCUCCUGCUGGGGACCAUGGAGGAGGGGAAGGCGUCUGUCAGCAAGGAGGAGCUGGAGAAAGUGCACAGCCAGCUGGAGCUGAGCGAAGCCAAGUGUGAGGGCGCCCUGAAGACCCAGCGGGCGCUGGCCGCGGACCUGGAGAACAUGCACAACGAGCUGGAGACCGUGGCGCGCAGCAAGAGCCUGGUGGACGAGCAGCUGUCCCGCCUGCAGUUCGAGAGAGCGGACCUGCUGAAGCGCAUCGACGAGGACCAGGAGGACCUGAACGACCUCAUGCAGAAGCACAAGGACCUCAUUGCUCAGUCGGCCACCGAUAUCGAGCAGAUCCAGGAACUGCAGCUGCAGCUGGAGGAGGCCAAGAAGGAGAAGCACAAGCUCCAGGGAGUGUUGCAGGUGGCUCAGAUGCGCAUCGAGUACCUGGAGAAGUCCACGGUGGACCGCUCCAUCGUCAGCAGGCAGGAGGCCAUCAUCUGCGACCUGGAGAACAAGACGGAGUUCCAGAAAGUGCAGAUCAAGAGACUCGAGGUCCUGGUGAUGCGGCUCCGGGACAGCCUGCUGAAGGUGGGCGAGGAGCUCGCGCAGGCCACCCAGGCCGAGACGCAGCAGCGGGAGAGCAGCCAGUACUACCAGCAGCGCCUGGAGGAGCUGAAGGUGGACAUGGAGGAGCUGCUGCAGCGCGAGGCCCAGGCCAGCCAGCGGUGCCUGCUGCUGGAGAAGUACGUGGAGGAGCUGGGGGCGGUGAGGCAGACCCUGCAGGCUGACCUGGAGACGUCCAUCCGGCGCAUUGCAGACCUGCAGGCCGCCCUGGAGGAGGUGGCGUCCAGUGACAGUGAGGCCGAGAGCGUCCAGACAGCCGUGGACUGUGGUGAUGGUGACAGAAAAGAGACGGACAACGCGUCCACCCUCAGCUCCCGGCCCGGGGGCAGUGUGCAGUCCUGGCCCAGCUGUACCCUGUCCCUCAACACCGACUCCGAGAGGAGCCUGUCUCGCGUGUCCUCCCUGCACCGCCACAGCCUCGUCCCCAGGGUGACGGAGGAGAUCGGGAGCGCGCGGAGCGCAGCCAGCGACGUGCGAGGCAAGACCCCGGGGCCCCGCUCCCCCUCGUCCAGGAGCCGCGAGGCGUCUCCGCAGGCCAGGGACAGGCUGCCCAGCCCCUCGGCCGCGCUCUCGGAGUUCGUGGAAGGCCUGCGGAGGAAGAGGGCGCAGAGCGGCCGCGGCUCGGCGCUGAGCCUGGACGACUGGCCGGAGCCGCCCGCGCACCCGGUCACCGCGGCCGCCUCGCUGCGCCGGGCCCGGGCGGCGGCCGGGGACCACCCGCUCGGCCCGUCCCGGAGGGGCCCCGGGGCAGAGUGGCCGCCGCCUGCCCCGGGCGCUGCGGGGGCGCCCUCGGGGCUGCCCCGGGCCUCCAGCUUGCGCUGCCUCCCGCAGGCGGGCAGCGAGGACCCCUCGCCGCCGCUGGGCUGGCCGCAGCCCCCCCGGGAGGUCCGGUUCGGUUCCUGCGAGGCCCUCCUCGAAUCGGGGCCGAGCUCGGAUUCGGGGAGACCCCUGAGCCCCGGCCGCCGCGCAGCGCCCGUGGAAGGCGCGGGGGUCCUGUCGCCCACGCUGCGCCCGCGGAGGCGCUGCCUGGAGGCCGCGCUGGACGAGGCGGGCUGCCCCGAGCUGGGCAAGGAGCCGCUGGUCUUCCAGAACCGCCAGUUCGCCCGGCUCCUGGAGGAGCCCCUGGGCGAAGACGACCCGUUCGCCUGGCAGCUCCCGGGCCUGGGCCCCGAGCGGCCCGCGCGGGGGGCUUUCGACGACUUCGUCCCGGCCAUCCGCACGGCCGCCGCGGCGCGCGCGUCGGGGGCGCAGGCGGCCCGCGCCGAGCCGGACAGCGGGCGGCCCCAGGGGCGCGCGGAGGAGGCGACGGCGGCCGGCCGGGGUUUCUUCUCGGGGCUCAGGACCCUGCUGAGGCUGGGCCCCCCGUCGCGGGAGGAGGACCCCGGUCACCUCUCGGACUCAUCCUCGGCCACCUCCGUCGCCUCCCGCAAGAGCAGCCCCGGGAUGCGGCGGCUGGAGGGCGACGGGGGGGAGCGGGGGUCCCCCCGAGGUCAGGGAGCGGCCCCCGGGCGCCCAGAGGUCCGAGGAAGAGGACGUGGAGAGCAUCAUGAAGAAGUACCUGGGCAAGCAGAAGUAGGACGGGGCCCGGGCAGCUGGGCAAGGCAGAGAGAGAGAGAGAGAGAGAGAGAGAGAGAGAGAGCCGAGCCCACCCCCACCCGCGGCUCAGGCGCCCCCAGAGAAGCAGGCGCAGCGCCUUCUUUCAUGCCGGGGUGGAUUUCUCUAGAGACCCGGGUUUUGUCCAGGCCUUUAGCUGCUGCUGCUGGAUGCGAGGCCCGCGCCAGGGCCAGGGCUGCGGCCUUUUUUUCUUUGCUCUUAUUAAAAAAAAAAAAGACACGGCAGAUGAGCCAGAAGCCUAGGAGUUCCUCAGGGACAAUGCUAAAGAAGGUGCUGGACUUUGAAAGUGCCCCUGGGGCCCACUCUUGCCUUAAAUAUAUAGAGACACCGGGGGGAUGGAGGGUCGGAGAGGGUGGGUAA